GGGGGAGUGAACAAUGUAUUGUACAUAUACCGUAUAUGAAAAUGUCUUGCACAACAGGCGGUUUUAUAAGCACACGUGCUGGAGGCGGAGUUACGACACUGUUUCUCCAGUUCUGAGGGGUGAAAGCUAUGAGAGCAUCACAGAACAGGGCACCAGUUGGACAGUGGUCAGCCCCAUCGUCUUUACUUACAAGGUCACAGAGACCCGGCACUUGCUGGACCCCAGCAACGACACCCUCCUGCUGGGCCACAUCACCGACCCGCAGCAGCUGGAAGACAUUCAAAAAUCAAACAAGCCAAUCAAACGCUUUGUCGUCGUUGACCAAGAAGUCUACAAGAUCUAUGGCACCAAGCUAACUGAAUAUUUAGAAGCCAACAAUGUCCUGUACAAGAUCUUGUCUCUACCCACCACUGAGGAGAACAAAUCCAUGAAAAUGGCCUUGAAGAUCCUAGAGGAGGUCAACAACUUCUCCCUUGACCGCCGCACAGAGCCCAUCAUUGCCAUCGGUGGUGGGGUGUGCCUGGACAUAGUGGGCCUGGCGGCCUCACUCUACAGAAGACGCACCCCUUAUAUCAGGGUCCCAACCACACUGCUCUCCUACAUCGAUGCCAGCGUGGGAGCAAAGACGGGGGUUAACUUUGCAAAUUGCAAGAACAAGCUGGGCGCCUACAUUCCACCAGCCGCAGCCUUCCUUGACCUGUCCUUCAUACAAACUGUGCCACGACGACACAUCUCCAAUGGGCUAGCAGAGAUGUUAAAGAUGGCCUUGAUGAAACACCGAGGCCUCUUUGAGCUUCUUGAGACACACGGCCGCAUGCUGUUGGACACUAAAUUCCAGGCUGACAACAGCGUCUACGGACACAACUGCUUGCAGGCUGCAUCGCAAGCGACUCGUAUAGCCAUCAUAACCAUGCUGGAGGAGCUUGCCCCAAACCUUUGGGAGGAUGACCUGAACAGACUGGUGGACUUUGGCCACCUUAUCAGCCCAGCAUUAGAAAUGAAAGUUCUACCAUCUCUGCUGCAUGGCGAGGCAGUGAACAUUGAUAUGUCGUAUAUGGUGUACGUGUCAAAGGAGCGUGGUCUUUUGACAGAAGACGAAAAGCAACGGAUCAUCAGCUGCAUGGUGGGCCUGGAGCUGCCCGUCUGGCACGAGGAGUGUACCAUGGAGCUCAUACAGAAGUCCCUGCAGGAAAGGCUGAAGCAUUCGGGAGGCCUGGUUAGAAUGCCUCUGCCUGUUGGUCUUGGGGAAGCAGACAUUUCUAAUGACACAUCUUGUGAGAUGCUGCACAAAGCUUUCGUGAAAUGGUGUGAUGAGCUGAGCGGUCCCUCUGACAGCAACUGACUUUUAACCUGCGCAUACCACAGCUGCCUCAGUUCAAUCGUUUUCUAAGGGAAAUGUUUACAUUUCGUAUGAAGGUGUAUAAAUUGUAAUUCUGGAUUUGUACUCUAGUCAAUCCUCAAAUUGUUGGGAAAAGAAAUUCCCUUUAUGGCAACAAGGGGUAAAUGUAUUAGCAGUGUUACAGGCUUCUGUCCAGCAUGUGUUCCUACUGUCCUUUGUACACAAAUAGUCUCAAUACCAGAUGCU